UGAAGUGAGGAGCAGCUGUGCAGAACCCUCUCAGAAGAUCUGGACUACUGCACAGCACACACUACACACACACCAGCACACACACCUCUCAGAGCAUUCACUCAACUUGCAUUCCUCUUUAACUAAGUUAAUAUUUUUAUUUAUUUACGAUUUAUUUACGCAAAACCUCAACCUGCACCUACCUGUAGGAGAUACAGUGGACCAGGCUGGACUCUGGAACUGGACACCACCACCCUUAAUGAAGGAAAAAGGUAGGUUUGGGGGUCGUUUCGUCUUUGGACUGCUUCUAACUCUAGUCUGAAUUAGUUCUGGUUCAUGCUGGAGGGUGCUGUCACUUUUGGGAAGGAAUCUUCAGAGGAAUCAUGAAUGAAAGUCAUCUAGCACUAGGAUUAGGACUGUGCUAACAAAGAGAACAUAAGGAGGAGGUAGCCGCAGCUGCUGGGCUCAACAUGGGCCGUUUAGCCGCUAACGUUUGGACGCUGUGUCUGCUCCUGCUGCUGCUGCUGUUAACGUGGACGGAUUUGGCUCAGUGCUGCCCGCGGCCAUGCGCCUGUCCUCAACCCAAAGAAGUGCACUGCACCUUCCGCUCUCUGCUCACCGUGCCCGCUGGCGUGCCCAAACAAGUGGAGCGCAUGAACCUGGGGUUCAACACCAUGAACCGAAUAACUGACAGCUCCUUCGCUGGUAUGCGAAAACUGGAGCUCCUCAUGAUGCAUGGGAAUGACAUUCAUAACAUUCCUAACGGCGCAUUCCGAGAUCUAAUAUCUCUUCAGAUGAUGAAGGUGAGCUACAACAAACUGAAGAUAAUUAGCAGGAACACCUUCCAGGGGCUGUGGAACCUGGCCAGGCUUCACCUGGACCACAACCGCCUGGAGUUCAUCCACCCCGACGCUUUCCAAGGCCUCACAUCCCUCCGUCUCCUGCAGCUAGAGGGCAACCGGCUGCAGCAACUCCAUCCGGCCACCUUCGCGACCCUCUCUGUGCUCGGGCACUUCCCUGUGUCCACCCUCAAACACCUGUACCUGUCUGAGAACGGGCUGACCUCACUGUCUCAGAAGAUGUUAGCUGGCAUGCCACAUCUGGAGAAUCUCUUCUUGCAUGAGAACCCUUGGGUUUGUGACUGCAGGAUGAAGUGGUUCAGAGAUUGGAGCAAAAGUGCACCAGGUGUUCUAAAAUGCAAGAAGGACCGAGCCCUUGCUGGAGGCCAGUUGUGCCCAAUGUGUUCUUCUCCGAAACAUCUAAAGAAAAAGGACCUACAGGAGCUAGACAAUCCAACCUGCAGCAGUCCCGUCAUCAGUGCCCCUCACAGAACUUCAGUUCUGGACACAGAAAGUGAAGUCAUGACCUUAGAGGAAUUCCGGCAGCCUCUUGGGAACAUUUCGCUAGACCUCUCAGAUGAACACGGGAACAAAGUCACUCUCCACUGCGAUGUUAACGAACCUACAGAAUCAACCACCAUCAACUGGGACCAUGUCAACCCAUAUCAGAUUGCUGCAAAUGUCACACUGACCUUGGAUCUGGAGUGCCCAAUCGACAGGUCCAACUAUGAGAGGCUUUGGAGGCUUAUUGCUUAUUACAGCGACGUACCGGCUCACCUGCAGAGGGAGAUUAUGCUAAAUAAAGAGCCUCAUGUUAGUUACAGGUAUCGACAGGACUCUGAAAAGGACGCUCUUUACUACACUGGCGUGAAAGUCAAUGUUGUUGCAGAACCUUCAUGGAUAAUGCAGCCGUCUCUGGACCUCCGAUUGAACAGACCGCAGUCUACAAGUAAAAGAGUUAGACUUGUUCUCAGCACCAGUAUGGCAGAGCUGGUGGAGGCAGAGGCAAUGAGGCAGCAGAGACGGACGUGGGUUAUGAUAGCGGCAAGAAAUGAUACCAAAAUAUCACACGCUGCUGUGGUGGGCAAGCCCAUUCAGAUGCACUGCAACGUGCACAGCUCAGGGAAUCCCUCGAUCAAGUGGAUGCUCCCCGAUGGAUCAAAGGUUGAGGCUCCAUACCAAAGCAGUGAUAACAGAAUCACAGUUUCUCCUUCUGGUCUGUUGGAUAUAAGAGCAGUGGACCACUCUGACUCGGGUGUUUAUUACUGUAUAGCAUUAGUCACGAAUGAUAUCACCGUUCUCCCCUUUCGCCUGACAGUUGAGGAGUCUUCUAGUCCACCGCCUGGUGGCGAAGGGGUGUCUGAACCUGUGGCGGGAGUUGCUGGUAGACCUGUUUCCCUCUCUUGUUCAGCUUCUGGUUCCCCAGAUCCAGAAAUCAGCUGGAUCCUUCCUGAUACCAGCGUGGUCAAUACAAAGUCAAACUCAUCGAAAAUAGUCGUGGCUUUGAAUGGAAGUUUAACCAUCCUAAAUAGCCAAGUGUCGGACAAUGGUUAUUACAAGUGUGUAGCGGGAAAUCAACAUGGCGCAGACUCUCUGGCCACAAAGGUGACUCUGACAAGGCCCUCUGGGGGGCUGCCUGUUAGAAAAUAUUUCAGUAGACCCCAACCUGCAGAGGGUGUCUCCACUAGAAUCAAAGUCCCUAUAGAAAAUGAUGUGGAGGCAUCUGGCGACAGCGAAAAAGAGAAGCCUGAAGUAAAAGUUCCUACUGGGCAAAUACUUUCAGAUACUUCCAGUAGAAGGAGAGUCCCAAGCAUUGGUGUACAGGGUGGACACCCCUCCAGAAAGUCAUGGAGACGUCCUGCUAUGCCCAGAAGACGAAUCCCGUCUCCUGGAGCCGACAAGAGCAACACAGUAGAAACAAGAAGGAGAAUCAAUAUGUCAAACAGCCAGAUAGAUCCAAAGCGCUGGGCUAGUAUUCUGGCAAAGGUCCGUGGAGAUGGCGGCAAUCCAAAAACAACUACUCCCAGUGCUGUCCAAGUGCAGACAAGCACAAAUACCUUACAGGAGCCGGACACUACCAGCACAGAAAGAAAUAAAACAGGACCUCUUGACAAGAUUGAAGGUUCAUCAGCAGAAGGUGCUACCCCAGGAUCACCACCAUCACCACCUCCACCACCACCCCAAGAAGCAUCAGACACAGUAACAGCAGCAGGGACGCCUGUGUCAACUACUGACAUCAGCCUGGAAAUACGAUCUCUGGGGUCUGUAGACCAGACGCAUAUAAUUUAUCAAAUUGCUGCCCCUGAAAUUAACCCAGAUUCAGACUUGUUUACAUCCAGCACAUAUGUCAUGCAGACCACCCCUGCCCCACAGCCUACUCGUCAUGGGGCGACAGGGCCAGACGUUUCAAAGUUGCACAGUGUUGAAUUGAGCAAUGUGGAAAGCACCACCUCAUAUGGAACCCCUUUUCAAGAAAGCCAAAGCCACAUGACUGCUGGUAAAAAAGAAACUGAAACAGUUACACAAAGGUCUGAGGGUGAUCGCAAUCUUGUUGAGGAUGAUGUAUUUAACAUUUCAGAAAGCUUCACUAAAGCAGGAGACAUUUAUCAAGAAAGCCCAGUAUUGACCACAGUUGUAGCAUUUGAAGAACAAAACACAGAAAAAUAUGCUGAUUCAAAUGCUCACUCAUUUAUAAAAACCACCACCACCACUGCAGCAGCUCGGCAAGCUACACGCAACCUACAGAGACACACAACUCAAGGGAAACAUGGCAUUUCCAGAAUUCCACUGCUUACCACUGCAGCACCAAAGAAAAAAACAGGGUCUGAAAAAAACAGAGGAAAGCACACUAUCUCUACGGAUUCUGAGCCUCAGUCACGUGGAAGAGGUUCGUCCAAUUUGCGGCGGAAGAAUGGUGGCAAGCAGAGAAAGCCUAACAGAAAGAGAACAAGACCGAAGAGCUCCAAACCUUCUCUGCACGUCAUGGAUGUCGCACCACAGCCCACAAGUUUGGCCCCAGUUUCCAAAGUCAUCAAGGCGACUGCCACCUCUCAGUCUGAAAUAGAAACAUCUGCAGGGGCUACAAGCUCUACUAGAGCCAAGGUGGAUACCACUGUUCCAUUGACUGAUGGCCAAGCAACGUCACUAAGCAAAAUGACUCACGAAAAGAACACAGAUCCUUUAUACAACGGCAGAAAUAACCUAACCCCAGACUCUUCUCUCCUAAAGAAAGUGUCAAAUGCUAAGGAAACAGCUCCUUCCUUUGCCAAACGAGCAAACAGAUCAAUGACCACCACAACAUCAGUAUCAGUGCCUCCCUCGACAUCCCUCGGUUUUAUAGGACCCAGAGAAACAGAGGUAAACACAGAGCCUUUCUUGACUUUUUCUGUUCCUACUCCGAAUGCUGACAAAGAGAGGGGCGGGUUUACGAGCAUCCGCCCUCCUGCAGUUAAAACGACGCUUGAAGAGGCACAAAAGGAAAGCGCUACAGGACACCAAGGCAUCACAGUUGACACAUCCCCAGAGAGUCCUUACAUGGAAGCAGAAGUAAUACCAGGUGCAAGUUCAGACAAAGCAGAGAAUCAAUACGAGCCUGGUGAAGCUGAAAAUGUGACGGAGUUUCCAGUCAACUCCUUCUCCUCAUCUGCCCUGAGUAACCAGCGUGAAAUCACCACUGAGAACCGUGACUCAGAAAUCCCAAGUGGCUCAACAAAAGCAAACCUUUAUGAGGGGGUGAGAAGGCAGGAGAGCCCUCAGGUUAUAACCGAGAGGCCUGUGACUUUCCAAAGUACUCAAGGAUCUGGGUUAAAUCCUGGGUUAACUACAAUAACAAAGCUUAGCAGUGCAUCAACGGAUGGAGAUUACGAUCAUGCCAGAGAAGGUUCAACCUCGCAAAAGAAGCCAGAACGUGGAGACCACUAUAAGCCUCUGUAUGAGGACCACAGAAACACCACAGAAUUGGUCAUGUCAUCUCCAUUUACUACGACAUUUACACCACCAAUCAAUUCAACUUCAGAAGCAACCAUGCUUGUGCAAACAACCGAAAAAGUAAAGAAGCCAUCUCAGGGUCAUCCAAAUGCCCAGGUACCUGUCCAGGUACCUGACAGCACAAAUCACAUCCCGGACAGACACAAGGAAAGAAUCAGUUCAACAGAAGAAAAGAUCAUUACGAACCCAACACCUGAAAGAACCAAGCCACAUGUUUCUAAUUCUACAAGUCAAUCAGAAGAUACCAAACCAGAUGCUGGAACCGAAAAGGUUUUAAACACCGAACAGCCCAAGCCAGUUAAACAAGCUCCUACAGUUUCCCCAGAAUUCCCAAUAACAGCCCAUCCAAGAGUAGCCAUUCCUGCGAGGAAUGGCCAGUCUAGAGGUUCUUCCACUUUCCUCAAUGGUACAUCUGGAAGAGCUCAGCAAACACCAUUUCUCACAUCCAGGAGAGGACAGCCGAAGAUCACCAGCACUGAUGUUAGUACCGUGACGGUACAGGCUGAGUCUGAUGCCUAUCUGCCAUGUGUGUCUAUUGGAGAGCCUCGUCCCUUCCUGUCCUGGACUAAAGCCUCAACAGGAGCCAGCAUUGCUCAGAACACCAGGAUCCAGCGCUUUGAAGUCCACUCGAAUGGCACGCUCACAAUCCGCAAUGUCCUUCCUCUGGACCAAGGCCAGUAUCUCUGUACUGUCCAGAAUCAGUUUGGAGAAGACAAGGCAGUGGUCACUUUGGUAGUCUUAGCUGAACACCCCAGAGUGUUACAGCCACGCCAUCAAGACACGGUUGCAUAUUUGGGGGAUAUGGUUAAACUGGCGUGUCGUGCUGAAGGGCAUCCUCCACCGCGGACCACCUGGGUUCUACCUGAUAGAGCAAUGCUGCAUAUGGAUGCUGCUUCAUCACCUGGUGCAGCUGAACAGCGUGUCUCAGUCUUACCUAACGGUACUCUCCAGAUUGCAUCCGUUGCUUACGCAGACCGUGGAGUCUAUAAAUGCAUUGCUAGUAACGCAGCAGGUGCCGACACUGUAUCCAUCCGUCUGACAGUUACUGCCCUACCCCCAGUGAUUCAACAGCUGAGGCAGGAGAAUAUCAGCUUACCAGAAGGCAUCACUGCAUACUUAAACUGUAGUGCCAGGGGUGCUCCUCCAACUACGAUCAGCUGGACUACUCCUGACGGCAUGCAGCUCAAGCCCUCCCAGUUUGUCAGCGGUCAUAACCUCUUCGUUUUCCCCAACGGCACUCUCUACAUUCGUGGUUUGAGUCAGGCCGACGCAGGGAAAUACGAAUGCACAGCCUCUAAUAGUAUCGGAAUUUCAUCAAGAGCCAUUAGUUUGAGUGUAAAAACCACUAUUGCAUCUGCCAGGACCAGGAUUACCUCCUCGUCUCCACAGGUGACAGAUGUCACCUACGGUGGGAGACUGCAGCUGGACUGCGUUGCAACCGGCGAUCCAGAGCCCAGGGUUAUCUGGAGGACUCCAUCUAAAAAGCUGGUGGAUGCUCAUUACAGCUAUGACCAAAGGAUUAAGGUGUAUGCCAACGGAUCCCUCACCAUCCACUCGUUGACAGAGAAAGACGAAGGUGAUUAUCUGUGUGUUGCGCGAAACAAAAUAGGAGAUGAUUACGUGCCCCUGAAGGUCAACAUCUUGACCAAACCUGCUAAAAUUGAGCAGAGGACCAAGGCUGAUCAGAAGGUGACGUACGGGGGCAACCUGAAAGUGGACUGUGUGGCUUCAGGUCUACCAAACCCGAAGAUUCAGUGGGCUCUUCCAGACGGUACUAUGGUUAACAGUAUUGUGAAAUCGGACAGCAGCAGCAGCAGUGGUGGUGGUGGUGGUGGAGGCGGACGCAGUAGAAGGUAUGUGGUUUUCGACAACGGCACCCUCUUCUUCAACGACGUGGGGAUGCACGAGGAAGGGGACUACACUUGCUACGCUGACAACCAGAUUGGCAAGGACGAAAUGAAAGUCCACGUUAAAGUGGUGUCCUAUGUGCCUGUGAUCAGAAACAAGACCAGCGAGGUUGUGAGGGUCAUGUACGGAGAGUCAGCAUCCCUGAAGUGUAGCGCCAAAGGAGAGCCCAACCCUCUUGUUCUGUGGUUCUCUCCAACUAACCGAGCAAUUCCUUCAGCUUCAGACAAGUACAAGAUCCACGAUGAUGGCACGCUUGUUAUUCAGAAUGUGCAGAGAUUUGAUGGCGGUAACUACACUUGCCUGGCGAGGAACAGUGCCGGGCAAGAUCGCAAAGUGUCCAGACUGGAAAUCUUAGUCUCGCCUCCUGCUAUCAACGGAUUGAGAGGUUACACAAACUCUUUAAAGGUAUCAGCAGUCAGGGAUCAGAGGAAACUCAUCCACUGUGAGGCUACAGGUAUCCCCGUUCCUCAAGUCAUGUGGGUUCUUCCAGAGAACAUAGUCCUUCCUUCGCCAUACUACGGAAGCCGGAUGACAGUUCAUAGAAACGGCACUCUUGAAAUCCGUUCAUUGAGGGCAACCGAUGCAGCCCAGUUGACUUGCAUUGCUCGUAAUGAAGGAGGAGAGGCGAGGCUUCUUGUUCAACUUGAUGUUACAGACACUAUCGAGAAACCAAGGCUCGGGAGUCCAAAAUCAGAAUCUCUUACCUUAACUGUAGGUAGAAGCAUGACCUUAAAUUGUUCCGUUGAAGGUUCCCCAGUCCCACAGGUGACCUGGAUACUACCUAGUGGUGCUCCACUAAUGACUGGAACUCAGUUUACCAAAUUCUUCCACAGAUCUGAUGGAAGAUUGGUCAUCAGCAACCCUUCUCUAUCAGAAGCAGGAACUUACCGCUGCCUAGGGCGUAACGCCGGUGGUCUGGUUGAGAGGUCUGUGGUGCUUAUGCCUGGACGAAAACCAGAAAUCAACAACCGCUACAACUCACCUGUUAGCGUAGUCAAUGGAGAAAGCCUGCACUUGCACUGCCUGUCUACAAGCGACCCAGUCCGCCUUACCUGGACAUUACCAAGUGGCGUAGUCCUGAACCGACCCCAGCGAGCAGGUCGAUAUUCUGUUCUACCAAACGGAACGCUCUCCAUCCACCAGGCCUCCGUCUACGACAGGGGCUCCUACACAUGCCGAGCUGCCAACGAAUACGGGAGCUCCCUGCUAACAAUUCCAGUUAUCAUAAUCGCAUACCCACCGCGGAUCACCAGCGGCCCUGCUCCCGCCACCUACGCCAAAAGAGGAGUAGCCGUUCAGCUGAAUUGCGUAGCUGUUGGCAUCCCAAAAGCCGAGGUGGCCUGGGAGACUCCAGACAGAACACGGUUAAUCGUCAGUCCUCAGCCACGGAUGUUCGGCAACAAGUACCUGCACCCGCAAGGCUCCCUCAUCAUCCAGAACCCCAUGCCGAAAGAUGCAGGUUUCUAUAGAUGCACAGCUAGAAAUGUAAUAGGGGUCGACUCAAAGGGUACUUACCUUCAUGUUUAUUAAGAAGCCAUACAUAUGGUCCAUUUGUUACAUGCCCAAAGGAACUGCGAGGUUUAGCAAAGCCAUAGCUUUCUUUUUUUUACCGUUUUGUCAAUGUGAACAUGGCUUGCUGUCUUUCUAGGACACUUUUUAACCUGCUUACACCUGGUCACUUCUUACACCCAAGUACAAAUAAAGGCAUUUAAAACAGAUACAAAUCUGAACACUCAACCACUUUAGGAGGUGGAGAUGCUUUCGACAGCCAAAACUAGAGAUUAAAUCGCCAACAUGUAGUUUGGCUUUCCUUUUUAAAGAAAGCGCAAAAAUACAAUAAUCUUUUCUAUAUCCUACCAGACAAACCAAACAAGGCACAAUACGUUUACCCUGGCAGUGCUAUUCUAAUCGUACACUUAUGUCAGCAUUGCUACUGAAGUCUCAAGUAAGUGAAAUUUACACAGAAAAAUGCAGCCACACUUUUGUUAAACUAACAAAAAAAGUUAGCUCGGCUAGCAUCACUAUACUAGUCCUGUACAAGUAGAAAAAAACAGAGCUUAAAAAAGUAAUGCUGAAUGCUUUUUGUGUUGAGUUAUGAAUAUAACUUUGGAAUAAUUUUGGGAGAUUGAUCCCCGCCCUUCCGUUCUACACCCUAUGUAAACCUACAGCUCUGAUUUUGCUAUUUAGAGGUUUAUGUUUAAGUAAAAUAAACAUUGUUGUUUUAUUCUAUAAAAUACAGACAACAUUUCUCCCAAAUUCCAAAUAAAAACAGUCUCAUUUAGAGCAUUUAUUUGCAGAAAAUGAGAAAUGGCUGAAAUAACAAAAAAGAUGCAGAGCUUUUAGACCUCAAAACAUGCAAAGAAAACAAGUUUAUAUUUAUAAAGUUUUAAGAGUUCAGAAAUCAAUAUUUGGUGGAAUAACCCUGGUUUUUAAUCACAGUGCGUUUCAUGCAUCUUGGCAUGUUCUCCUCCACCAGUCUUACACACUGCUUUUGGAUAACUUUAUGCUACUCCUGGUGAAAUACUAGCAAAUAUUUAAUUUAGAGAAUUUAGAGAGUGUGACAAUGCGAAAAUGAACUUAAACUUGCCGUUUGUCAGCUCUCGCUGUUGGCUCUCUCCGUUGGCUCUCUCCCUCACUCCCUGCUCUGAGCACUGCUGGGGACCAGUGUGGACCUGCCACUGCCGUUAAAAAACCCUCAGUUAUUAUUCAGUAUUACUCGGUUGCCAAAUAUUUGGUGCAUAACUAAUCAAAACUCUUCCCAGUUCAACCAAAACACCAGUAAUACUGGUGUGAAAAUUGGCAUUUUCCAUCCCACACAGCAAUCAAACUUAAUUUUGACUAACUGUAGAUGUAUUUGCUUAUCAUAUGGCUAAAAUCUUUUUUGGACACAAUCCAACAACUACAAUCAAAAAAUAAAGUAACCAGGUGUAAACAGGUUGUUUUUACUCUGUUGUUUGAAAGUCUUAAUAGCAAUAAUUUGGCUGAACCUUUUAUCAGUUAAGAACAUGGAGAGUAAAAAAAAAGAUUUGAGUAUGAUUGUGUAAAUAAUACAGCCUAUUAAUAUUUUUUUAAUACAUCCUCUUUUUUUCUGUAACGGACAACGACAAUUUGUCAAAUUGUAUAGAUGAGAAAGACUGUCUAAUUUUAUUUAAUCACAGAAAAUAAUCGGAGGAUAUUAUUGACAACUUCUGUAGCAGUUUAAUGCAGAAUUGUUUCAGGGAUUAUUAGCCUAAUAGCAUAUUUGCUAU